CCGGUAAACAGAUAAACACUUGUUUAGAAAUCUUCGUUUGAGACACCUUUUUCCAGUUUAUAAUGCUUGCUCAUGGGUAACUUACUGAGACGAAUGUUAUAGUUAUUAAGAGAUGGCAACUGGUGAUAUUGCUAACAAUUUGAGAAAACUUCAAAAGGAAUUGAAAUUAAUCAAGUUUUCUGACAAUGUGGAUCUUACAGGAAUGUCACAGGGAACACCAACAGCUUUCCUGCCAAUAUAUCAUUAUCUGUUUACCAGUUAUAGUCAUGCCAUAGCUGAAAUGGUAUCGUCAUCAGAUACAGAAUUGUAUGGCAAAACAGAUUUCAGGUUUAUAGAAGCUGUGUAUAAGUUAAUGAGAGACAUGUUUACUUACAAACCACCAGUGACUAAAGAACAGUUCUUCAAUGCUGGAUUUGCUGAGAGAAAGAUUAUCAUGUGUGCUGAUGUUAUACAAAUGAUCAGGCAGAAGAAUAAAACUUUACAACCUAAUAAAAAGUCCACGACGUCUGCUGUUUCUACCAUUUCAAAUAAUCUUAAUAAAAAGUCAUCUAGACCCAAACUGACAGAUUUAACAAGACCUCCAUCACAAUCAGUCACAGCAAAGACCUCCUCUCGUCCAGGAUCAGCUGAUCACAAACAGGUUACAUUUGCAUCGGAGGAAGUUGUGAACGAAUUAAAACAGCCACCCAAGUAUCAAGGCUCUAGACAUGUGGCACACAAAGAGCCACCAUCUCCAGUUACCAUAGUAAACAUGUCUCCUGGAGUCACGAAGGAGAUAGUGCGGAUGGAUGAACAUCCGUCCAGAGGAUUUAGAUAUGCUGUAGUGACCCCUGCUAUUGCAAAGCUGCCAUGCAAAUUGUCCAGAACAAGUGAUACCAAUGCUAGUAAAGGAUUAAAUUUUGAUGAAUGUGAUGAUAUAGAAGUUGUAAAUGCUACCUCUCCCGAUGCCUCUCUGUAUGAACCAAUACACAACAGUACCAGUAUUGCUCAGGAGGAAAUGCAGGAUCAUUUAUCAACACUUCAUCAUUCUGUUGAGCUUGUAACAGAAAGACUAUCAGGCUUUGAGUCAGCUAUGACCUCAGUGACAAAGUUAAUGCAGGACCAUCAGACCUCUACAGACCCCCAUCUUAUUGAUGUAGUGACUCACAUACAACAACAGAUAGAAAAUCUAACAGCAAGGAUGGUUCUUAUGGAAAAUAGAGUUUCUAUUGUUGAGUCUAAGAUAGAAAAAUCUUCAUCUCCAUCAGCAAGAAGUUCAGAACCUCUAGUGAAUGGCCAAAGAGACACGUACACUUCACAUAGUCCAAAAGAAAUCCGUCAUAAAGAAAUUCAGGGCUAUAUGUCGAAGGAAAGCUAUCCUAGUGAAGUGCAGAGAUACACAACAACAGAAAUCCUUCCAAAAGAAUCUCAGAAAUAUUCACCAGAGCAGAACCGUCCAAGUGUAAUACACAAGACUACCACAGAGAGCCAUACAUAUCCAUCAAAUCAGGCCCAGCAUCUAGAAUCAAAUGUAAAAUAUGUUGGUUCUAAAGAGAAUCAUCUUCAACAUCAAGUACCUAAUGGCCAGACAGUCCAACCAGAUCAUGUUGACCCUUCACACAAUUCUCAUAGUGCUAAUUACUCAGGAAACACCUCUAUUCCAUCUCAUCUAACCAGUGCUGACCAGUUCUCCUUUGCCUUGUCUCCUAUCCGUACCCUUAAAGAUAGUAGUGUAAUAAAGCCAGGACAGAAUACUACCUGUGAGGACACUUUUGCCCUGGAGGCAGAAGAUGAUGCAAGAAGGUCCAGUACCCCUACAGAUUUCAAGGACCUACCUAUUAGAACUACUUGUGAAGAUUCUUUAUCAUUCCAAUGUGGAGAUGUAUCCAUGCAACAAAGAGUGGAUAGAAUUAAAAAUAUGAUGGUAUCAACAAAAACUAUGCUAAACCACUAAUAAGAGAUAAACAACAGACAGAUUGACAAUAUACAGUGAUACAUAUAUGAGAACAGUCAACAUAUUCAAUGUAACAUAGAUAUGAACAGUACAUGUACUCAAAUCUGACUGCAUACCUUCCUAAUUUUCUAUUUACAAUUAAACAGUAACAGUGGGAAGGUUGACUAGAGACUACAACAUCACUAGAUAGUAAUAUAGACUACAUAUAUUCCAAAGAAAGUGACACAAACAAAAUUUAAAAGUGAAAUUAUAAAUUUGUCAUUUUAUGUUUAUAGUCUUUAGUCUUUAGAAGUGUCAACUUGACACUAUAAUCUCUCUGUAAUUUCAAUCACCCUGGUAAAUCCUGGUAAAAUGUUUAAACAAAUAGUAUUUCAAUCAACAUUAAAACAAAUGCAUUAGGCCUAAUACUGGCACAUCUAAAUAAAGUGAGAAUUGGUACCAGAUGAUAGAUAGUGGGGCAGCACAGCCAAGGUGUAUUGUGUCUUUUUAUUUUGUGUCUGAGUUUAACUAUGACUACAUUGUUAGGAAUUUAUUAUAUUGAGGAAAUAAUUAAAUGUGUACUUAACUGUCAUUGAAUGUAUAAAUAAGAAAGACAUAAUAUUAACAUUGUUUUUUGUUUUUUCUAGGUUAAAUUUCACUUAGUCUAUUGGAAAGAGUUUUUAAUAUCUACUUGGCAACAUAAAUAAGCCUAGAACUCCGUAUUAUUAGUUGCAUGGUGUGUAACCCCGAUAUGGAAUUUACUGACCCAAAUAUCUCGUAGUAGGUCACUAGCACACUGUGAACAAAUUUAUCUUACUGGCUAUCUUCACAUGUGGUAUUUUUACUUUCAGCCUAUCAAAGUGAUCAAGUCUUCAAUAUUUAGAAGUAAGAUCCCAUACUUCCAUUUGUCUAAACAAAAAAAAAUGCCAACUUUUUAGCUUAAAAUUUAUUAUAUGAAUUUAUUUCAAUCGUAUUACAGGUAUUUAUUUCUUAGUCUGUUGAAUACUUUCAGAUUUAUUUUUUUUGUUUUGAAAGGAAAGUAACUCCGUGAUGCCGACAGAAAUUACUUGUUAGCUAAUUAAGUUUUAUAAACUUAUUUCAACCUUGCAUUGUCAUUUGUCGUCUGUUGAAUCCAUUCAGAUUUUUCCUCAACACUGUGUUGUUUUUUUAAAGGGUUGUGGCAUCUUUUAUCUUUUUGUUUUGAAAGGGAAAUAACUCCUUACCAACCCCAUAUGGUUACACCCUAUAUCAAAUAUACAUAGUCACCACAUAUAUUCCAUUAACCAAAUUCAUAUCCCCAUAAAUCUAUUGAAGGUAAGAUAAAUAUUGAAACAGUCAUGUUAAGUAAAUUAACUGUUAAUUAAAUGUAAAAUAAUUUAAAACAUUUUGGGUAUUUCUAACCAAGUCAAAGAUUGUAUCAGUCAGAUUUUCUGUAGUGUUUGAGUAUGGAAAGAGUAACUGUGGAGGUAGUUAUAUAUCCGUCCAAUGUCUUCUAUAAGUUUCGACAUGUACUUGUUUAUUAUUUAUGAUGUAAAAUUACUGUAGUCGGAACAUACUUCUGUUUAGUGUAUAUAUAUUUAUUAUAAAAGGGAUUUGUAGUUUCAAAAUUAUUAAUGUUAUACAUAAUUCAGAAAGUUUGCCUUGAAAACAAUUAAAAAAAUAUUAUAUACAAUUUAUUUUUCAGAAUUAGGCCAUACAAAUACAUUGCUAUGGCUUCUUCAGCCUAAAUAUCAAUGAUCUAAUAUUUAAGUACAAUAUUUUGACUGUACAGUUUGAACUUUUAUGAAAAGUGUGGUUGAAUGUGUUUUAUGGUUAAAUAAUCUGAUAUUUUGUAUUGCGCCAAAGUGUUACAUGCAAUGACAAUUUUUUCAGUGUGACAUUGUGGUGUCAAUAAAUAAAUAAAUCGUUUCAUCUAUUAUUGAUUCUGGUGCAAGAUUUAAAAAGUUUUCUUUAUAAACAGAAGUGCAUUUAUUUGAAUAGCAUGAUUAAUGGAUUUUGUUCACUUGCUAAAUACAUUCCAUUUUGAUAUUUAUUUUUCUAAUAAAAACGAAAUGUA